AUGGCGACAUGUCUCGUGGCAAGUUCUGGUGAAUUGUGGCGGCGAACAAGAAUAUUUGCAUCUACUACCUUGAAAAAGUUUGGAUUUGGAAAGCCGUCUUGUGAGAAGGCGAUAAAGGAUGAAAUUGAGGUAUUCCUAGAUGUUCUUCAAACCAAAUGUGGCAAACCCUUUGACCUAAAGUCAAUUUUAAUGACAAGUAUAACAAUUUUAAUAGGUAGCGUAACUCUCGGCUGCAGGUUCGAUCACAACGACCCCAGGCUACAGAAAAUAGUCAGGAACGCAAAGUCCACAUCAGAAAUAAAUGCAUCUAUAGGUAUUAUAAGUGUGUUCCCGUUUAUGAGAUACGUUCCCGGCGAUUUACUUCAGAUGAAAACAUUCGAAAAUAAUACGAAUUCUAUAUGGAAAAUCUUUCAAGAAAUAAUUGACAACCACAGACAGACCAUCACAGAAGGAACGACACGUGACUUCAUUGAUGCCUUUCUCCAUGAACAGCGUCGGACAUGUAGCCCAGAUACUGUAUUUACAGAUCAAAAUUUGCUGCUUUGUCUCUCAGACCUGUUCCUUGCUGGAACCGAAACUACAAGUACAGUUUUAACGUGGGCGGCUAAAUAUCUAAUUUGUCAUCCUAAAGUGCAGGACAAGAUGAGGUCCGAAAUAUUCCGAGUAGUAGGCGACUCCCGUUCUCCGUGCAUCAGCGAUAGACCGGAAAUGCCGUAUUCGGAAGCGGUAAUUAACGAGGUUCUACGGUGUGGGAAUGUUGUUCCCCUGUCUUUGCCUCACACUGCGACAAAGGAUACGAUUAUUGGUGGUUACACAAUUCCGAAGGGAGUAUUUGUUAUUCCAAAUGUUGGAUCAGUUUUGAAUGAUCCCAAUGAAUUCGAAAAUCCCGAUACUUUCGAUCCCGAACGAUUCAUCGAUGGAGAUGGGAAACUCAGUGGUCACGAGAAAGUCACAUUAGCAUUUUCCUUAGGAAAACGUGUGUGCAUGGGAGAAACCAUGGCCAGAAUGGAACUCUUUUUGAUUUUGACGUCACUAGUACAACGGUUCGAACUACUUCCGGAGCAUCAGGAUUGUCUCCCUUCCCUUGAUAUAAUUGAGGGAAUGGUUAACACUCCGCAGAACACUUUCAUACGUGUUACAGAUGUUAAUAACGCUUGAGCUGAUGAAAGAGUGAUAUGAUCUUUCUUAACUUUUAGUAUCUGCAAACUAUACUCAAGUGUAUCAACGGAAAACUUUCUUUAUUAUCACUGUACAGUUGUUAAAUUUCCAAGGGAAAUAUUUCGUUGUUAUCCCGAACAGAACUAGUUUGCAGGAGUUAAAAAUAUAUUGGUCACGAUAGGACUUUGGGAAAUGAGAUUUAUUUUACACAUGUUUUAUCAAAACGAUAUUGAAUUGUUGUUUUAUCUUUAGUAUUCGGCAUUAAACGGGUUAAAAGCUAAUUUAUUAAUAUCAGUAUGUAUAUCCAUUGAGAUCACUAUUCAUGAUUUUAAUAUUCGCUGUGUAUUUAAUUUGCCUGGGGACCUCGAAAAUAACAAAAUUUCAUCCCCGCGAAAAUUACCAACUAUAGACUAUUUCGUUAAAACUGCAUAAAUGCUAUACAUAUAGUAUUAACAAGUCGAUACGAUUACCAAUAUGAUAGGAGCUAAUACAUUUUGUCAUUUUGACACAAUUAUUUAUAUAUUAUUUUUUAUACUUUUAUAUCUUUUUUGAAGAGAAAAGGGGUAGAGAUUGCCUUUUCAAGUUUCAUAUAAAUGUUAUCAAGAAAAGGAGAGUGAAGAAUUUGGUUGACAUUGUACAAAUGUAGCAAUAAGUAGAUUUCAACGAUAUUUUGAUUCUUCCCUGUCAUUUGAAGUUGUACAAAAUAAAGUUAAUGUAGAAAUAUGAUAAACAACUUCUGAACUUCUGAAUUUCCGUUACAAGUGGCAUUUUUGCUGUUCGAGAAAUGUUUUUGGAGAAACAGUUGUUAUGUAUAUAAUGUUCAGAAGAAUAUUGAUUGAUAUAUAAAGGCAUAAGACGACAUCAUGUUUUUCAUAUGCAAUGUUGGAUGGUAGGAACAAUGUCAUUGUCGCAUUAUUAGUGUUAUAAUUAUAUCUUGUAAUUAGAAAACAACGAAAUCAAUAAA